AUGACUAAUAGAAGAACUUUAGCAGAUGCACUAAUUUCACUAAGCACAGGCCAAGUCUUUAUAUACGGAGAAAAUAGAAAUUCUGGCAUAGAAGAAGCAAUCAAUGGUUCCAUGCUAAAUGACCAUGCAUUUUUAUCGAAGCAGAUUUGGUCGAAAAUUUAAAUUUUUUUGGGUCAAAUGUCUCACUAUAUUAAAAAGCUUCAACCAAUUUUCGAUCAAAUGUACUUCAGCGAAAUCCAGUCCACAAUCAUUGGACCUGCACCCGCAAUCAAUAUUUAUAUACGAAUUCUCCAGCAAGAUCAGUGAAGAGAGAAUAAUAAUGGGAUAACCUCAGAACAAUUAAACUCUCUUCCAGAAGAAAAGUGGCCUGGAUUUUUAUAUCAGCUUGACAAUUCCUCCCCUGAAUUGCUUCAAUUUAAAAGAAUUAAGAAAGAGUGUGCUGUUUGUCUGCAAGAACUUGAAAAAGAUGAAAUUGUAAGAGAGCUGCCUUGUAAGCAUUUUUUUCAUAAAUCGUGCAUUGACAGAUGGCUUAAAACUAAGCCUUCUUGUCCUUUAGAUAAGAAGCCAGUAGUGGGAUAG